AUGAGCGCCACACUGACUAUUCCUGAGAAAUCCAGUCAAGAAAUCAAGCUUGUCUACAAGUUUCUUCAGGCUAAGGUUGAGACCACAGCUGGAAAGGAUCUUUUGUUAGAGGUCUCUGGAGAAAAAAUUGACACGCCUAAUGCUAUUGUCAAGUACCUUGUUGCUCAAGCCAAUAAGCCUGAAUUGCUUGGCAAUAAUAAUGAAGAACAAGCUCAGGUGGAUGAAUGGUUGUCAUUUGCUACCCAAGGCUUAAGAAAUGCUGGUAAAAAGGAAGUUGUUUCACAUAUUGAGAAAAAAUUCAAUGAACACUUGAGUACACACACUUUCUUUGUUGGCAACCAUUUGACUAUUGUUGACGUUGUCAUCUUUGGUAUCCUCCACUCUUAUACUAAAAACUUCAAGGCAACCACUUGCCCAAACACCUUGCGUUGGUUUGACCUUAUUCAACACAUGGUCAUCAAAGCAAACAAUUUGACUGAAGAUUUUCCAUUGUUUGAAGUCAAUUUGGAUGAUGUACCUGAGCCUGCUGCUCCUGUUGUAGUUAAGAAGGACGAUAAGAAAAAGGAUGAUAAGAAGCAAGAGAAGAAGGACAACAAGAAGGAUGAAAAGAAACCUGCUGCUGAGGGCCAAAAGACUGAAGGCGGUGAUAAGCCCAAGAAAGAAAAGAAAAAGGUCGAAAAGAAGCCUGCUGCUCCUGCUCCUGCUGAAACCGAUCAACCUGUUGUUUCUCGCAUCGAUAUCCGUGUUGGUUACAUUAAAUCAUGCAAAAAGCACGAAGGCGCUGACUCACUUUAUGUUGAAGAAAUUGACGUUGGUGAAGAGGAGCCUCGUACGAUUGUCUCCGGUCUUGUUCGAUGGUAUCCUAUUGAACAAAUGGAAAACCGAUACGUACUUGUAUUAUGCAACUUGAAGCCUGCUAGCAUGCGUGGAAUUAAGUCUUAUGGUAUGGUAUUGUGUGCUAGUGCUGCUGAUGGUUCUGCUGUUGAAUUGCUGGGCCCUAUCGAUCCUUCCAAGGUGAAGCCAGGUGAUAGAGUCUAUGUUGAAGGACAAGAAGGAGAACCUGAGAAGGUACUGAACCCCAAGAAGAAGUACUGGGAAACUGUUCAACCUGAACUCAAGACAAAUGAUGAAUGCAUUGCUCUCUACGGUGACAAGCCUCUCUUGAUUAAGACAGCAUCUGGUGAAGCCAUGCAAUGUAAGGUUGCUAGUGUAAAAAACGGUGGUAUCAAAUAA